UUUCCAUGAGAAGCCUACAUAUAGAGUUAAAAACAAGAGAAAAAAAAUAUACCUAUUUAUUACUAUAAACAAUAAUUAAACAUUAAAAUUAACCUCAAAAUAAAAUUUCAAGACAAUAUUUAUCCUAAUUAAUUUUCCGAACUGGUGUCGCUCGUUCCCUUAUAAAAAAUGAAAUUAAAAAGAAAGUAGGAAAGAAAUAAAAAAAGAAGUAAAAGACAAAAUUCAGUUCGAGAACAAGAGGAUGGGUUGAAUUGCCCUCGGAUUCGGAGUGCAGAGCAAAAAUUAAAUUGAGAUUGGAGCACUGCCUCAAGGACAAGGAGGAUUCGAGGAGAUUAUCACAAGCGAGUCAAAGUACUUACAGCAGUAGAUCGUCCCAGGAUCGAGGGAGAUUUGCCGGCGAUAUUGAAUCGGAAAAUUCUGCAUUUAACAUUUGCGAUAAGCAAAGUGUCAUGGCUCUAUUUAAAGAUCAUGUCAAUAUCAAAGUUUCGAAUGUUAAUUUAACAUUGUGCAUGAGUUCAAUCACUGGCCUCACGGACUUAAUUGAGGACGAAAUUAUUCCCAAGCCCAUUCCAGUUGAGAAAUAUCAAAUAAUGCCAACCAGGAAAUAACGAAACUGAAAGAAGAAAAAAGGAGUUUAGAUCAAGUGAAUCUGGAACUAAAGGAGAAAAUAUUAAGUUUAGAAACGAAUCUAGCAACGAAGAAACAAGAGUUCGAUAAUUUAAAUACACUUCAUGAAGCUGCCAGGGAAAAUUUGAAUGAUUCUCAAAAGAGAAAUUCCAAUCUAGAGAGGGAAAUUUUACAACUUCAAUCUAAUUGCAAAUCUUUAGAAAUUGCUGCAAGUACAAAUCAAAUGAAAUCCACUUCUAAAAGUGAUAAAAAUAAAGAAGUGAAAUUGAUCAUGAAUAAUACGUACCACACAUUACUGUCAAAAUUCAUAGAAGACAAUUAUUCAACUAGUUUUAUAAAAGAAACGAUUGCUAACACGUUGAGGGACAUAUCUUUAAAAGUACUGAAUAGCGAUGAAUGUGAGGAAGAAUCGAGUGAUAAAAAGAAAAUGCAUGAGAAAAAUAGUCAAUUACAGGAAACAGAGAGAUUAUCAUCAUCAUCAUCAUCAUCUUUAAAAGAAGACAACGAAGACACGAAAAAGAUUUCAAAUUAAAUUCCGAGACGAAUUUGAAUAAUUUUAUUCAGAUUUCUAUAUUGUAGAUUGCUCCGGAAUUUGAAAAUGUACCACCGCCAAUUCCACCACUGGAUUCUAGUAAUGAAGCCGAUUUGAGCGAUUUUUAACGUUGAUAUAUGAGAAAAUCGAGAAAAAAAUUAAUAAAAGAAGCUUUA